CUUAUUGAUUGCCCUUAUGAUUCCUAAACCUCUAAGAAGUUAGCCCUCAGCCUCCUUGGCUCCAGGGAAAAGAUCCAGCCUCUCCAUAUAACUCAAACCCUCCCGUCACCCAUUCCCUUUCUCUAGAGAUACUGCCUGACCUGAAUUACUGCAGCAUUUUGGUAUAAACCAGCAUCUGCAGUUCCUUCCUAAACAACCAUGCAGAUCUUUAUUGCACCCUUUCUAGUUUAAUGAAAACCUUCCUUUCUCAGGGCAACCAGAACUGUACUCCAAAUGUGGCUAUUCCAAUGUCUUGCACAGAGUAAGGAGUUGGGAUGACAUCCCAGCUCCUUACUUAAUAACCUGACCAAUGAUGGCAAGGGUGCCAAACGUCUUCUUCACCACCCUGUCUACCUGUGUUGCCACUUUGAAGGGAGAGCAUGUACCUGCUUCCCUAGUAGUCUCUUAGAUCAUGGAUGUUCUGCAGAUCUGUGUGAUUGUGAUCAGCAUGUGUUUCACUGCAUUCAGACCUUCCAUUGGUCAAAAGCAAAACUUGGAUUCAAGUCUAGAAAUCUAUAGGAAGUUGUUUGAAACUAAACGCAAAGACCAGAUGCAUGCAUUGAAGAACAUGAUUGAAUUAAAUGAUAUAAAUCAACAAUACAAGAUUAUUGACAUCAUGUUGAAAGGAUUAUUCAAGGUACUAGAAGACUCCAAGUCGACUCUGAUUGGUGCUGAUGUACAAGCUGAUGGACCACUACCUCAUGAUGAGAAACUCAAAGAUGCUUAUUCACACAUUGUUGAAAACACGGCCUUCUUUGGGGAUGUCGCACUGCGUUUCCCUAAGAUUGUCCACUAUUACUAUGACCGAAACUCUAACUGGAACAACCUAAUCCGAUGGGGAAUCAGUUUCUGUAACCAAACAGGAGUUUUUGAUGAAGGUCCUCACACUCACCUUCUGAAUCUGAUGGCACAGGAGCUUGGGAUCAAUGAAAAAUCUCCUGACUAUAAAAAUCCAUUUAAAGAUGAGGAUGACGAUUUUAUCGAGACUACUGAUGCCUUUCGUAAAGCCUUUAAGGAUGAGGAGAAAAGGAGAAAAAAAGAAGAUAAGAGGAAGGAGCUUCGAAAAGGGCCAAGAAUUUCAAAGACUAGAUCUGAAUUAUGACCACUGAGCAAUAUGACAAUUGCUAAAACUGUUACUAUACUGUUGACUGGAGCUGCUACAAAUAUUUCAUUGCCAUCAAUACUUAUACAAGGUUGAAGAAAAUUAUUUCAAGAUGGUGGUAGCCUUUAUGUAUUUGCCAUCAUUGGAGCUGCUACCUUUAAUUGAAAGAAGCAGUGUCAUCAAGCCUGCAUUUGUUUUGAUUCAUGUAAAUAAAAUAGGUCUGAAUUACUGAAUGUAAUUCCUGAAAUGCUGGUGAAAAUCCCAGUAUCUGAGCUAACAAACCUUUUCUUUCAUGACUGUUAAAUAAUGAAUUAAUUUAAGCAGGUACCAACGCUAUUGUGCAAUAUAGGUUGAACUUUUGGUUUUCCAAUUUCACAAUAAAAAGCAGGGUUGUAAAAAAA